AUGGAUCUGUGUCCUCAAACAGUUCUCACCACUUCCAGUGUCCUCAAACAGUUCUCGUCACUUCCAGUGUCCUCAAACAGUUCUCGUCACUUCCAGUGUCCUCAAACAGUUCUCAUCACUUCCAGUGUCCUCAAACAGUUCUCGUCACGUACACUGUCACCAAAGAGUUCUCAUAAUUUCCAGUGUCCUCAAACAGUUCUCACCACUUCCCGUGUCCUCAAACAGUUCUCAUCACUUCCAGUGUCCUCAAACAGUUCUCACCAAUUCCAGUGUCCUCAAACAGUUCUCAUCACAUCCAGUUUCCUCAAACAGUUCUCAUCACUUCCAGUGUCCUCAAAAAAUUCUCAUCAUCACAUCCAGUGUCCUCAAACAGUUCUCAUCACAUUCAGUGUCCUCAAACAGUUCUCAUCAUCACUUCCAGUGUCAUCAAACAGUUCUCAUGACUUCCAGUGUCCUCAAACAGUUCUCAUCAUCACUUCCAGUGUCCUCAAACAGUUCUCAUCACAUCCAGUUUCCUCAAACGGUUCUCAUCACUUCCAGUGUCCUCAAACAGUUCUCAUCACAUCCAGUUUCAAACAGUUCUCAUCACUUCCAGUGUCCUCAAACAGUUCUCAUCACUUCCAGUGUCCUCAAACAGUUCUCAUCAUCACUUCCAGUGUCCUCAAACAGUUCUCAUCACUUCCAGUGUCCUCAAACAGUUCUCAUCACUUCCAGUGUCCUCAAACAGUUCUCAUCACUUCCAGUGUCCUCAAACAGUUCUCAUCAUCACUUCCAGUGUCCUCAAACAGUUCUCACCACUUCCAGUGUGUCAGUUCACUUCCAAACAGUUCUCAUCACAUUCAGUGUCCUCAAACAGUUCUCAUCACUUCCAGUGUCCUCAAACAGUUCUCAUCACUUCCAGUGUCCUCAAACAGUUCUCAUCACUUCAAGUGUCCUCAAACAGUUCUCAUCACUUCCAGUGUCCUCAAACAGUUCUCAUCACAGUUCUCAUCACUUCCAGUGUCCUCAAACAGUUCUCAUCACAGUUCUCAUCACACCCAGUGUCCUCAAACAGUUUUCAUCACAGUUCUUAUCACUUCCAGUGUUAUUAAACAGUUUUCAUCACGUCCACUGUCAUGA